AUGAGCUCCAUGCAGGACACGGAGUUCGACGGGUAUCUCGUUAUGACCGGGAUAGGAAGAGUGCGAGAGAGCGUAUCCAUACGGUGUGUGGAGGUGCCACUAAGCGUUGGUGACGCUUACAUUGCUACCGGCCCGCGCGCCUCCGACGACGAGGUCGGGGUCGCGCCGCGGGCCUUCGUCCCCCUAAGUGGAGACCCCAGGUCGGGGGGCUCGCUGGGCGAGCUCCCCGCGCUCCCGGAGCGCCCGCUCUGGCCGAGCCUCGUCCCCGCGGGUCGGCCGGGCUCUUCCGGUCGGUCGCGCCGCGGGUCCGGUCCUGUUCGUUCGUUCGUUCGUUCGCUCUUCCGCGUCCGUUCGUUCGUUCGUCGGUCCGGCCCCCGGCCCGGAGGGAGGAGCGGUCGUCGCCCUCCCCGGCCCCGCGCGCGGCUGCCUGCGGGUCGCGUCACCGGCGGCGGUGUCGCGCCGUGCUGCCGCGCGCGCGCGGUUCCGGGGCGCGCGGUUCCCGGCCCCUCCGGUCGUCGGUCCGUCCGCGUAAGCAGCGAGCGAGCGAGCCCGGCGCUCGAUCCCGCGGGUCCGUCUCCGGCCCUUGGGGCCGCGGCCCUCCGGCCGCGCGUCCUUCCUCGCGUCCGGGCGUCUCGUCCUCCGCGUGAGCCGGCUGUGCCCGCAGUCAAUGUGGGCGAUUACAUCCAGGCGGUGCUGGACAGGAACCUGGCUGAGAACAUCUCCAGGGUGCUCUACCCCAAUGACAAUUUCUUUGAGGGCAAGGAGCUGCGUCUGAAGCAGGAGUACUUUGUGGUGGCUGCGACGCUGCACGACGUCGUACGAAGGUUCAAAUCCGCCAAGUUCGGCAGCAGGGACCCAGUAAGGACACAGUUCGAGGCCUUCCCUGAUAAGGUGGCCAUCCAGCUGAACGACACGCACCCGUCCCUGGCCAUCCCGGAGCUGAUGCGCAUCCUGGUGGAUGAGGAGAAGCUGGGCUGGGAUAAGGCGUGGGACAUCACAGUCCGCACAUGCGCAUACACCAACCACACGGUGCUGCCGGAGGCGCUGGAGCGGUGGCCGGUCGGGCUCCUGGAGGCGCUGCUGCCCCGGCACCUCGAGAUCAUCUACGAGAUCAACAGGAGGUUCCUUGAUCGCGUGUACGCGUCGUUCCCUGGUGACCACGACCGGCUGCGGCGCAUGUCGCUGGUGGAGGAGGGAGCCGUGAAACGCAUCAACAUGGCGCAUCUCUGCAUCGCGGGCUCACACGCCGUCAACGGCGUCGCACAGAUCCACUCCGACAUCCUCAAACAGAGCGUCUUUAAGGAUUUCUAUGAGCUGGACCCCCACAAGUUCCAGAACAAAACCAAUGGAAUCACCCCGCGACGCUGGCUGCUGCUCUGCAACCCGGGGCUGGCCGAGGUCAUCGCCGAGCGCAUCGGGGACGAGUUCGUGGCCGACCUGGACCAGCUGCAGCGGCUGAAGGCGCUGGUGGACGAUGACGCCUUCAUACGGGACGUGGUCCCUAUAUGUCUCUAUAUGUCUCUAAGGGUCUGA